AUGGCAACCUGGGCGUAUCCUCCAUUGCCGGCGGACAAGUUGAAGGCGGAGGAAGAGGAUUCCUUGGCCAAAGAGCUCGAGUGGCUACUGACCUCGUUCCAAGAACUGCUUGCUUCGCUGCGAGAAGGGCUGGAAGAAUGCGCCGAGCUAUUGGCUCCCAAAGAACCAGGGUCCACCCUGGUCCUAUCAUCAGUCCGAUCAGAGAGCGUAAAGGGAUUCGUCACUAGAGUAGGAACCCGCAUCGUCAAGGGACAAAAGGAUAUUCAACUUCGACUCAGCUCUCUACCGCCAACUCGUGGGGCCAACUCUACGCGUCUUACCUUUUCAAAUAUCCCAGGAGCCCCAGAGCUGGUGCUGGACCAGCUUGCGACAGUCCGCGACCUGGUGAAUCAGAGCCUUGAUGUGGUCGAUGUCAGCACGUGGACUGGCAAUCCACUGAAUGCAAGCUUCAUAUCAGGCCAGCUGCACUUACUGCACGAACAUAUUUCAGAGGCGAAAACUGCCCUCAAGGGAAACACAGAGUCACUACAUUGGUGGGAAAACAGCGCAGACGACAACGUCUUUGAUCCUGCUCUACCGCCCUACUUAUCAUUCCAGCUAGCAAUCGCAGAGGCCGCUUUGGUCUUGAACCUGCGAACCCUAGAACCCACAGCUGUCGCCCAAGCCCCAACGGCUUUUACCACAGACAUCUCGCUGACAGGGCUUUCACUACGAGACCGAAUAUUCGGACCGCGCCUGCCCACGCACGAUGAAUCCGGUGACACUUUUACGUGGCGCGGGGAAGAAGUCAAAGUUAAAGAAAAGAUCCGCGUCGAGAGCCAGGAUCCGAGUCUCAUCGCGGCCAUGGCCAAGCUGAGUGCGUUGGAGCAUGAGGUGAUGAAAUGUAUCAGCUCGUUGAGGAUUUUUACGGGUGAAGGUGAUGGCGAAAGCGACAGUAUCUACUCCACGAUGCUUUCCAGGUGUCGCCUCAGGAAUUCUCGACCAAAUGUACUCGGAAUCCUCCAGUCGACCACGCAUCGCACCUCACAGCUUCAGCGAGGAGCUCACAGAUUGGGCUCAACCGUUAAAAGCUCGCAGCUCUCGUCUUUGGUUGCUCAGAGAAACAGUAAAAACCAGCAUAAAUUGCCCAAGGCUAGACGAACACUAGCGUCAGCCCCCGAUGUCGACGUGCUGGCAGAAACUCGAAAAGCCGAGAUAUUUACGCUAAUUGAUAACAUCCACCAACACGAAGACGAGCUCGCCGCUGCACUAGACAAUGUGUUCUUGGGCGAGUACGACCACGUUGUGGAAAUAAGGAGCUGGGACCUAGAGGACGUUUUCAGUGGAUCUAUUGGCCAUCGCAAUUAUCAAUCGCUGGAAGCCAAAGUUAGAGCAACCAGACAGCAAUUUGGAGAGUUUCUUCCAGACGACCACCUGAACCCGGUCGAGUUGGAACUUUACAACACUCUGUAUGGCGAGGCAAUCAGUCCGGAGGAAGAAGUGGAGGAUGUGGAAGAGCUCAAGGUGCCGGAUAUCAUUUUAAGAGAUGAUGGACAGGGCGGGAUUGAAGAGAUCGAAGUGGAACAAGAGGUUGAAGUGGACGAAAUGGAUGAAGAAUCGGCACAUUUGGUGGAUGCCGAGCCUGAAGAAAAUGCCAUGGAACGUGCCCAAGAAGUUGCAGAUAGCCUAGGUGGUGUUUUGAUGGAAAACGAAAUCGAAGAUGAGGACGACUAUGCAUCUGGGCCGAGAAUCCAUCCUUUGACCGCAGCCGGGAAAUUUUCAACCAACCCAAGCACCGUGUUUCUCCCCAAGGACACAGUUACCAACCCCAUUGCUACCAUUUUGUCCGACUAUCCCAACAAACAUAUUACCGAAGCAGCCCAUAGAAUAUUUGGCGGGCCUCGAAUGCCGCACUCUACCGUUACCACACCGCCCAACAUGAAAUUGCCGCAAAUCCCAAUACCAUUAUCAGUUAAUCAGCAUCACAUGACUGAGAUGGAAGCCAAUACCUACCUCGCCGUUCUCUACCCCGGUAUCUAUGCCUCGGCUCUGAGUGUGCUUGUUGAGGUCAGGAAGCGACUGGGAAGUAAGUGGCUGCGGGAUCUUAUAACCCAGGAAACAGGACCACGAGUUUUGGAUGCAGGAGGUGGAGGUGCCGGCAUGUUGGCAUGGAGAGAUAUAGUUCGUGCCGAGUACGAGGCCAUGGUUCCUGACCACCCCAGAGAUGCUCCAAUACCUAUGGGAAAAUCAACCGUACUUGCUGGAUCCAAUAGUCUCCAGACGCGGGCAAGUGCAAUGCUGGAAAACACAACUUUUCUACCUCGACUGCCUGACUACGUCCAUAUCCGUGGUGGCUCGACCCUGAACGAUGAGAGAGCGCCUUCUCGCAAGAUGUUUGAUGUCAUUAUCGCACCUCACACAUUGCUUGAAAUCAAGGAAGACUAUAGGCGGAAACAGCACGUCCAGAAUCUAUGGGCCCUCCUGAACCCUAAUGGUGGUGUUUUGAUCAUGCUCGAAAAGGGCCGCCAACGAGGAUUUGAAGCCAUUGCCGGUGCUCGUGAAAUGCUGCUAGAAAAACACAUUGCCAGUCCUGGCGCAACCGAAUAUGACGCACUGACGGAGAGUGGAGAUAUGGGAAGCGUGAAGAAAGAGCCUGGCAUGAUCAUUGCCCCCUGCACGAACCAUGGCAAAUGCCCCAUGUACAUUGUUCCUGGCCAGUCGCAAGGUCGAAGCGAUUAUUGCCAUUUCUCGCAGCGAUACAUUCGGCCUGAUUUCUUGCAGCGCAUCUUUGGCAGCAAGCAUCGCAACCACGAAGAUGUCGAAUUCAGCUACGUGGCUGUCCAGCGUGGAGUGGACAUGCGAGAAACACAAGGUAUAACUCAAGGAAAAGCCGUAACAGAUACUGCAUUUGAGGGCUACGAAGAGGACGCUCCUGCAGAAAAUGAUGCAGAAGUGACUACUACAACACCAACCGAACCCUUGACAGACCCGAAUUUCAACGUUCUGUCUCUUCCACGCAUGAUCUUUUCGCCAAUGAAACGCCGCGGACAUGUCAUCCUGGACGUGUGCACACCAGAAAGCAAGAUUGAGCGUUGGACGGUGCCUCGCUCGUUCAGCCGACAAUCAUAUCAUGACGCACGCAAGGCUCGUUGGGGAGAUCUAUGGGCUCUGGGAGCCAAAACACGAAUCCCGCGCCAUCUCAGGCUCGGGACUGUUGAAACCCAACUCAGCAAGAAAGAAAGGAUGCAGAGCAAGGCCGCCUCUAGGUUGAGUCAACUAGAGGAAGAAGGAGACGAAGACGACGAGGGCGAGGGCGAGAUCGAUCCGCGAGAGAAACAAGCCAACCCGGGCCUAGUAAAUGCACUCAGCGAGCAAGCCGAUUCCCUUGAGCAAAGGAAAAAGGGCCGAACGGUUCCAAGUUGGAAACGGUAUGCAAACAAGAAGCGGAUUCGCCAGGCAUCCAAAAAGACCACGGAUGAGGAUACUGACGAUUUAACUUGA